AUGGGGCGCCCCCCAGGCCCCCGCAGAGCCCCAGCCCCAGCGGCCACCACAGCUACAGGGGGCACCACGGCCGCUCCCGGGCUCAUUCCGGACCUCGUGGCCAGGAUACCCUGGCCCCGCUGGGCACCCAUGGCCGCCGCCGCCGCCGCCGGGCUCCUCCUGGCCACCUGCCUCCUCUGUGUGCUCUUCUGCUGCUGCUGUCGCCGGCGCCGCACGAGGAAGCCCAGGGACAAGGAGGCCGUGGGCCUGGGCCGGGUGCAAAGCAACACCACCACCCGCCUGGUGCAGCCAGAGGUGGACGAUGUGCAGUCCGGCCUGGGGGGCGCCCCGCAGUGGGGGCGCCUGCAGCUCUCCCUGGAAUACGACGUUGGGAGCCGGGAGCUCAGGGUGGGCCUCAAGCAGGCCGUGGACCUGCGGGCCAGGAGCCCGGGCGGCACAGCGGACCCCUACGCCCGCGUCAGCCUGCCCUCUCAGGCCGGGCGCAGCCAUGAGACCCGGGUGCACCGCGGCACGCUCUGCCCCGUCUUCGACGAGACCUGCUCCUUCCCCGUCCCGCCGGAGGAGCUGCCCCGGACCGUCCUGAAGGUGGUGGUGCUGGACUUCAGGCGCUUUCCCGGGCACGCGCCCCUUGGGGAGCUCAGCCUGCCGCUGGGCGCCGUGAAUCUGCAGCACGUCCUGGAACUCUGGCACCAGCUGGGCCCGCCGGGCACCGCCGAGGCUGAGCCGACGGGGGAGCUGUGCUUCUCGCUCCGGUAUGCGCCCGGCUCAGGCCGGCUGACCGUGGUGGUGCUGGAGGCCCGCGGCCUGAAGCUGGAGCGGGCAGAGCUCUACGUGAAGGUCCAGCUCGCGCUGAGCCAGAGGAAGUGGAAGACGAGGAAGACGUCCGCCAGGAAGGGCGCGGCCGCCCCGUACUUCAAUGAGGCCUUCACCUUCCACGUGCCCUUCAGCCAGGUCCAGAGCGUGGACCUGAUCCUGGCCGUCUGGGCCCGGGGCCCGGGGCGGCGGGCCGAGCCCGUGGGGAAGGUGGCGCUGGGCCCCCGGGCCUCGGGCCAGCCGCUGCAGCACUGGGCGGACAUGCUGGCCCACGCCCGGAGGCCUGUCGUCCAGUGGCACCGCCUGCGGCCCGCCGGGGAGGUGGACGAGGCCCUGGGCCUGCGGCCCCGCCUGAGACUUCCCCUGCCCGGCUCCUGA